AUGGCUGUGAUGGCUGGCUGUGUGGGUGGGGGGCAGCCAGGAUCAAGAGGUCAUUGUUGGAUUGACACGUGUUUGCUGAUAAAGCGUCUGAGGGGGCUUAACUCUCCCCUGCUUUGUCCCUGCUCUGACCGCCAACCAUGGAUCUGGUGACCCCAGCACAACUGAGUGGGUGUUUGUGUGUUUUGUGUGUACACACACAGAAAUAGCUCUCUGUCGGCUAGCCCACACAAACAUAGGCAAAGGUUGAUUGAAACACACAGUCACAGCCCCCCUUCCAUUAACUGAAUGUAUUCAUUAGUUGCAGCUGCACGCUGUCAGGGCUUAGAAGUCACUCACUGUGUGUGUGUCUUAGGGCCGCAGAUGGAAGGGUCACACACACUGUCCUUCAGUGUUACCAUUCAAACACCCACACAUCUCACACACACACACACCCCCCCUCCCCUCAUACACACAUACUCAUUUAAAACCCACCCUCCAUGACCCACUAAUCUACUUUCCUUUACUCAGUCGAGUCAACUUGGAAAGGAAAGCUAAUCCUGUCUGGACUCAGACAUUGUCGUCCAGCACAAUACUCAGACUCACAGUUCAGUUCUUUGAAGUGUUCCGCUGUGCUGUGCUGGCCCACCUUCCGAUGACACAGUGUCACACACACCUCCGGGCAGUUCAUUAAAGAUGCGUCAGGCAGCGAGCGUUGAGCGAGGAGCUCCCCCACCGGUUGGUGGACUCUGGGUGACCCUGUGGUCACUUGGGCCCUGGAGGCGAGGGGCGAGGAGGGCACACCCCACUUCAUGGUCCAGAGCGGCUCUUCCCUGUCCUGCUGGGCUUAAUUGGGUGGUAGCAGGCUGACCCCUGACCCUUGGCUGGACAGACCGGCUGAGACCGGUAGAAGAGAAGAGGCUAUGGAUCAGGAUCAGAGAACAGUGUGGCUGGCAGGCUGUCGCCUCUGGCCUGUUUUACCUCAGCAUUGGAAACCCUCUCUCUCUCUCAGACACACUCUAUUAUCGCCAAUAAAUAUGUGUGUGUGGGGAAGGGGGGGUGUAUGUUGUGUAGUGACUGAGGUACAUUAUUAAAAUUAUGCUUCCUCUGUCUAAAAUCAGGAAGCUCAACAAGGCUGUUGAUAACAAUGUCUUAGAUAUACAGUUAAAGUUGUUUUAUAAUAGAAUCCCUUUGUAUGACAACACAAGUUGUUGUCCCACUGAUCAAAGAGCCUUCAGUCCAGUCACAUUACAGACUGCAGAGCAGGCUGUUGUGUCCCCAGCACCACCUCCAUUCUGAUGGAGCUGUAGCCCUGGCCUGGCCUCUCUUGGCUGGAUCUGCCUCAGAGAUCUGAGAGACUAGCUGGCCCCUAGCAGCAAUGCUGCCUCAUAUCUCACUAUUAACUACAUAAUGCACUGCUUCACACACACACACACACACACACACACACCUCAUUAUUGACUGUACAUAAAUGUUCUCCUUCAGCUCCCCAUCAGAGGCCAGAGCAGAGGGUUAUCAUUAGGCCUCAUUCAGGAGUGGAACAGGGAUACAUGAGGCUUUUUAUUGAGUUUGGCGUGUUCCUGUGGGAAGUUAGAAAAUACGAUUUUCACGGCUGGGGUUAUGGUUAUGUCAGACAGAAUAGAAUCAGCCUGGUUCUGUUCCUCUGCCCUGGGAGGGAAGGACGUUUAUAGAAGCACAAUAUUGAAAAUAAUAAUCCUUAUUAUCCUUUUCCUCCAUGGGGUAGAAUUAUUAUAGACUACAGAUGGUGUCUUGUAAUAAUUAAUAUGGAAAUAGAAUAGGUUUGACUGUGGGGUUAUAAAGGAGGAUUUAAUAUCUAGGAAUUACUUUUAUGGCAGCGCUAUCUCUAUUAAUGUUUGUCUGUGUGUGUGCAUGCGUGUGUGCGUGCGUGCGUGUGUGUGUGUGUCCUGUGCUGUGUCAUUAACAUUUAGGUUGAGGUGUGUGUUUCAGUCCUGCUCUCCCCCCUUGGCUUCGUAAGUGCUGAUGUCAUAAUAAACCUGUCUGGUUUAGUUCAUGAACCUGAACGCUGCAACCCUUAUGUCCUGCCAAGAGGUGUCACAAGACAUCAGCUCAGCCACAACUAACUUCACCACCACCCUCACUAACACUGGAUCCCACCACCACUUCUAACAACUCAGUGUGAUAAAAGAAUGAAAAAAGUAGCCUUUUACACCUGGUUAUUCCAAUAUUUGAAGUAUUGUACAACAAGGAUAAUGUACCAUUUUCUCAUUCACCCCUAUGUCAACCCUUUCCACACCCACAACUGUUUCACUUUACCCUGCAGCCAUUUUGGAUAUCAACGCAUCCCCUCAGUUUCCUCUAAAACAAAGGCUGAUAGAACACCCACAUUCACACCGACACAAAGUCAAGACGUUGUCUCUUGUUUCUCUUAAAAAUGUGAAUGGCUUUAACCAACAUGCUGCCAUGGUGACACUGUUUUCCUCGUCGCUGUGUGAGCUGUUGUCCGUCUGUUUCCUCCCCGCUCCCAGAGGAGCUAGCCUGGUGGCGUGUGCACAUGGUCUGGUCUGGUGUGCAGCAGCCAGGGGACAAAGACAAGAGAGGAGAGGAAGAGGAGGAGGAGGAGGAGGGGAGAGCAGACAGAAGCCUGGUGGCAAUGUGCAGGAAGGAGACAAGGAAAGACAUAUGACGGGAGAGGAUAGGAGGAGAAGAGAGGAGGAAAGGAGGAAUGGAGGAGGGCCCAUGAGGGACUAAAAUAGUAUCUCCCUCUUGGUGUUGAUAGGCAGCAAGAAAGAAAAAGUAAAUAUUGAAGCACAGUAAUGAAUGAGUUGCUGUCCUCCCUAAUCUUCAACCCCAGAGCUGAGCUUAACUCUCUGCCUACGAGUAAAGUAUUGAGCCAGAUUACAUUAACACCAACUGUGUAUUUAUUGGGUACUUUCAUGGUCAAUUAAUGCAGAUAGUGAGUUACUAAAUAAGGGCCUAGUGCGUAGUGCAUAGUCUUCAGCCUGUCACUCAGAUAAAGGAUGGAAUACGGGGAUUCCCAUUCAGACCUACAGCUGUCUCAUCCGGCCAGCCAUCCUCCUACUGAGACAGGAUACAGAUGUAGAGCAGACCUGACCCUUAGCCACCCCUCACCACAUCCACAUCCAGGCUGAGGAGGGAUCAGCACCCUGUGUGUAGACUGAACUCUGGUCCACUGACUGUACAGAGAAACUCAAUCUCAUACACACACACCUCACAUCUAAGGAGGGAUGAAGCCCUGUUUGUAGACUGAACUCUGGUCCACUGACUGUACUGGCCAUCCACACACAACAUCACUGAUGUGGGAAACAGACAUUUGGCUUGCAGAGCUGAUCUGGAUGGCAGAUAUUAGACCAUAGACAAUAUAUCUAUGUACCAGACAGUUUUUCUGAAUAUGUAUGUACUAUGGGUGGACAGCAAUGAAUGGAGAAUGAUCUGAAGUUGAUCAUUUUAAUGAUAGAAUAAUAAUUAAUCUGCUUGAUCAUGUUUUGCAUGUUUGCCAGACAGAAGAGAAAUCUGGAGAGAUGAAACAGAUCAGACAUAAUUGAUGUCUCAGCAGAUGAGACCAGUUCCUACUCUGUGGUAGUGAUGGGGGAAAAAUCGAUUCAGUUACAUUUUUGGAUAAUAUUCUAUUGAUAUUUGAAUCCGCAAGUAUCGAUUUGUAAAAUAAAUAAAUAAUCCUAGCCCUACUCUGUGGCGUCUCAAAUUACAACCGUUGUCCUCAUACAUACCUACAACACUUGUAUCACAUCACUCACACACACACACUACACCAGAUACUCCUUACUCGGAAUCACAACCCAAGCAUGGCUGCCACUGCCAGACAAUGCACAAUAAACUACAACCACUCUCACCACCAUUUAGAUAACUAGCAAAUCCAAGAAAAAUUAACCCCAUCCGUAGUGAAUUGGGGGGAUAAUAGUGAUGUAUUGAUUCCUGAUUCCCCCUCUAAGCAUGGUCACACUGAGCCCACUAGCUAAGCCAAUAUGGCUGAAGCACACCCACACACACACACACACACACACACUGGACUGACCUGGGGGUUAUUUGCUGCUCGGCCAUAAUUCACCCAGAGCUCAAGCUAGCCCGCUAAUAGGGCCAAGUCCUCUGAGUGCAAUCGCUCUUCCUUAUUUCUCCUGUGUCCCCCACAACCAUCUACUCUCUCAGUGGCUGGGCCAUUUGACUUCCCUUCUUCUGCACUGGCUGCAGGGCAGGCAAUAGGUAAUAACACACACAUGCAAUAACACACACAAUUACACACAUGCACACACACACAGAAAACGCAUGCAUGCACACACACACGCAAAAACAAACAUUUUCACACGUAAUCAUGCACACGCACGCACACACGCACGCACAGAGUUGAAGUCGGAAGUUUACAUACACCUUAGCCAAAUACAUUUAACUCAGUUUUUCACUAUUCCUGACAUUUAAUCCUACUAAAAAUUCCCUGUCUUAAGUCAAUUAGGAUCACCACUUUAUUUUAAGAAUGUGAAAUGUCAGAAUAAACGUUUCGGGUAGCCUUCCACAAGCUUCCCACAAUAAGUUGGGUGAAUUUUGGCCCAUUCCUCCUGACAGAGCUGGUGUAACUGAGUCAGGUUUGUAGGCCUCCUUGCUCGCACACUCUUUUUAAGUUCGGACCACACAUUUUCUAUAGGAUUGAGGUCAGGGCUUUGUGAUGGCCACUCCAAUACCUUGACUUUGUUGUCCUUAAGCCAUUUUGCCACAACUUUGGAAGUAUGCUUGGGGUCAUUGUCCAUUUGGAAGACCCAUUUGCGACCAAGCUUUAACUUCCUGAUUGAUGUCUUGAGAUGUUGCUUCAAUAUAUCCACAUCAUUUUCCUUCCUCAUGAUGCCAUCUAUUUUGUGAAGUGCACCAGUCCCUCCUGCAGCAAAGCACCCCCACAGCAUGAUGCUGCCACCCACGUGCUUCACGGUUGGGAUGGUGUUCUUCGGCUUGCAAGCGUCACCCUUUUUCCUCCAAACAUAACGAUGGUCAUUAUGGCCAAACAGUUCUAUUUUUGUUUCAUCAGACCAGAGGACAUUUCUCCAAAAAGUACGAUCUUUGUCCCCAUGUGCAGUUGCAAACUGUAGUCUGGCUUUUUUAUGGCGGUUUUGGAGCAGUGGCUUCUUCCUUGCUGAACAGCCUUUCAGGUUAUGUCGAUAUAGGACUCGUUUUACUGUGGAUAUAGAUACUUUUGUACCUGUUUCCUCCAGCAUCUUCACAAGGUCCUUUGCUGUUGUUCUGGGAUUGAUUUGCACUUUUCGCACCAAAGUACGUUCAUCUCUAGGAGACACAAUGCUUCUCCUUCCUGAGCGGUAUGACAGCUGCAUGGUCCCAUGGUGUUUAUACUUGCGUACUAUUUUUUGUACAGAUGAACGUGGUACCUUCAGGCGUUUGGAAAUUGCUCCCAAGGAUGAACCAGACUUGUGGAGGUCUACAAUAUUUUUUAUGAGUUCUUGGCUGAUUUCUUUUGAUUUUCCCAUGAUGUCAAGCAAAGAGGCACUGAGUUUGAAGGUAGGCCUUGAAAUGCAUCCACAGGUACACCUCCAAUUGACUCAAAUGAUGUCAAUUAGCCUAUCAGAAGCUUCUAAAGCAAUGACAUCAUUUUCUGGAAUUUUCCAAGCUGUUUAAAGGCACAGUCAACUUAGUGUAUGUAAACUUCUGACCCACUGGAAUUGUGAUACAGUGAAUUAUAAGUGAAAUAAUCUGUCUGUAAACAAUUGUUGGAAAAAUUACUUGUGUCAUGCACAAAGUAGAUGUCCUAACCGACUUGCCAAAACUAUAGUUUGUUAACAAGAAAUUUGUGGAGUGGUUGAAAAACAAGUUUUAACUUCCGACUUCAACUGUACACACACACCUCUGUGUACAGUGAGGGAAAAAAGUAUUUGAUCCCCUACUGAUUUUGUACGUUUGCCCACUGACAAAGACAUGAUCAGUCUAUAAUUUUAAUGGUAGGUUUAUUUGAACUCUGAGAGACAGAAUAACAACAAAGAAAUCCAGAAAAACACAUGUCAAAAAUGUUAUAAUUGAUUUGCAUUUUAAUGAGGGAAAUAAGUAUUUGACCCCUCUGCAAAACAUGACUUAGUACCUCUUUGCAGAUCUUCUCCAAGUCAUUAAGGUUUCGAGGCUGACGUUUGUUAACUUGGACCUUCAGCUCCCUCCACAGAUUUUCUAUGGGAUUAAGGUUUGGAGACGGGCUAGGCCACUCCAGGACCUUAAUAUGCUUCUUCUUGAGCCACUCCUUAGUUGCCUUGGCCGUGUGUUUUUGGUCAUUGUCAUGCUGGAAUUCCCAUCCACGAGCCAUUUUCAAUGCCCUGGCUGAGGGAAGGAGGUUCUCACCCAAGAUUUGACGGUACAUGGCCCUGUCCAUCGUCCCUUUGAUGUGGUGAAGUUGUCCUGUCCCCUUAGCAGAAAAACACCCCAAAAGCAUAAUGUUUCCACCUCCAUGUUUGACGGUGGGGGUGGUGUUCUUGGGGUCAUAGGCAGCAUUCCUCCUCCUCCAAACACGGCGAGUUGAGUUGAUGCCAAAGAGCUCGAUUUUGGUCUCAUCUGACCACAACACUUUCACCCAGUUCUCCUCUGAAUCAUUCAGAUGUUCAUUGGCAAACUUCAGACGGCCCUGUAUAUGUGCUUCAGUCCUUCACAGCGUAGUGUGUUACCAAUUGUUUUCUUGGUGACUAUGGUCCCAGCUGCCUUGAGAUCAUUGACAAGAUCCUCCCGUGUAGUUCUGGGCUGAUUCCUCACCGUUCUCAUGAUCAUUGCAACUCCACGAGGUGAGAUCUUGCAUGGAGCCCCAGGCCGAGGGAGAUUGACAGUUAUUUUGUGUUUCUUCCAUUUGCGAAUAAUUGCACCAACUGUUGUCACCUUCUCACCAAGCUGCUUGGCGAUGGUCUUGUAGACCAUUCCAGCCUUGUGUAGGUCUACAAUAUUGUCCCUAACAUCCUUGGAGAGCUCUUUGGUCUUGGCCAUGGUGGAGAGUUUGGAAUCUGAUUGAUUGCUUCUGUGGACAGGUGUCUUUUAUACAGGUAACAAGCUGAGAUGAGGAGCACUCCCUUUAAGAGUGUGCUCCUAAUCUCAGCUUGUUGCUUGUAUAAAAGACACCUGAGAGCCAGAAAUCUUUCUGAUUGAGAGGGGGUCAAAUACAAAUUUCCCUCAUUAAAAUGCAAAUCAAUUUAUAACAUUUUUUACAUGCGUUUUUCCGGAUUUUUUUGUUGUUAUUCUGUCUCUCACUGUUCAAAUAAACCUACCAUUAAAAUUAUAGACUGAUCAUUUCUUUGUCAGUGGGCAAACGUACAAAAUCAGCAGGGGAUCAAAUACUUUUUUUCCUCACUGUAUUUCCCUGAGAGAGGCCUUGCUUGCAGCAGGUGGUGUCAGCAGUGGGAUAUUUUUAGGUGUUGCCAAAUGUAGCUGUGAAUUCCUGAUUUUCACUCACAGCCAGAUGCUUUCCUCCUCUCUCCCCAACCUCAUCUCAGAGCAUUUCAUAUUAUUCUGUAGGUAAAUCUGAGACACUCCAUUUAGUAUGAUGUGUUGCGUUUCGUAUGGUACUGUAUGUAUUAAUUUGUGGAUUCUAUCACCAAUUUCGUAUUAUAUGUUAUGAAUUCUAGCUAGGUGGCUAACGUUAGCUAGGCUAGGAGUUAGGGUAAAGGUUAGGGUUAAGUUUAGGAGUUAGGUUAAAGGGUUAAGGUUAGGGUUAGGGGAAGGGUUAGCUUAAAGUGUUAAGGUUAGGGGAAGGGUUCGUUAAAAGGGUUACAUUUAGGGUUAGGGGAAGGUUUAGCUAACAAGCUAAGUAGAUGCAAAGUAGCUAAAGAGUAGUAAGUAGUUGAAAUGUUGCUAAUUAGCUAAAGUUGUCCGUGAUGAGAUUCGAGCUCGCAACCUUUGGGUUGCUAAAUGUUCACGUUAUACGCCCACCCAUCAACCCCGACCAAUCACCCUACUUUUGUUUUUUGCCUUAAGUAACCAGCUGUUUUAUGUAACCAUACCAAACAUAACAUAUCAUACUAAUUUGAGUGUCCCGGAUUUACAUUUACUAUGUUACCUCUAGUCUAUGAGACCAGGCUGCUCUCCCUCCCCUCUUCCUCUCUCCUCCUGGUAACUGGGACCACACCUCUUUUUUCUCCCUCUCUUUCUUCCUCCCUCCUUCUUUCUCUCUUCCUCCUAUUGAUUUGGCUGGGGCCAUGCAUGAUGGUGUGAUUGUCUUACAGGACACUGUGCAGGCCAGGCAGUAUGGUAUAAUAUAUCAGGAGGCAAGACCUUGACAGGUGGUUGUUUGUUUGUCACUUGAUCAAGAUGUUGAUCUUUUCAAAAUAUUGCUGUGUGUAAAUUAUAUAUAAUUUAGGGUUAGGAUUAGAAAUGAUAUCUGCUGCCUGUGCAUUGAUGUAAUGCUGAUAUGCCAUGCAAUCCUACAUCUGAGUGUUCUCUGUGUAUAUUAGAGUAAUGCUAAAUAGCUUUUAUUAAACCUCUGCCAUAAGUGCUGUAGCCACUUAUGGCAGAGAUGUCAUAUUAAAAUCUGAAAUAUGUAUUGUAAAAGUCAACAACAUUCAAAAAGUCAAGUGUUCAUCAUUUUUUCUGUUAGGGCACUCAGAACUCUCCAAUGCGGAGGUAGUGAAUGUGUGGUUGGUUGGUUGAAUGAGGCCUUGCUCUCUGGUCUUAACCCAGAAACACACUCACACAGGAGUUGGACCCCUCAUCUGCACCCCAAAUGAUGCACUACUUUUGACCUAUGGCACUAUUGUGAAUGGGGGUCCAUUUGGGAGUGGUAGUAGUGAGUGCUCUGCUCUGGCUCUGCAGCCAAUUCUGCUGUCAGUGGGAAUUGCAGCAAUGGAUUGUGGAGAGUAAGCACAUAAUUUUUACACCCUCGACAAAUGCCGCAUGUUGGAGGACAAGCUCAUGACUUGACAAAUGACCCGGGCGAAGGGCCGUCUGGCGCGUGACGGCAGAGGAGACGUUCAUUUCCAACCAGCCAUCGUAUCACCCCGUAUCCCACCCCAUCCCCGCUCCCCGCGCACCCACCAACCACGCGCCAGUGGCCAGGGGCCAAGAGAAACGGGAUUAAAUUAUCCCCCAAAUUAAAAGGGCAUAUCUGCCUUGUCUCCGCUAACAGCUGUUUGCAUUUUUCUUCUUCUGCACUAUGCUGUUUCUAUCUGCUGCUGCCUGCGCUAUUCAUUAAUUUUAUAACCUAUGUUUAUUAGUCUGCCCAGGUGGCAGUGGAUCAGGGCGGGGGUAGAGUUGGGGGGUGAGGGCAGAGUAAGGGGGGCGGUGGCGUUCGCGUGCUAAUUGCUUUGCUGUGAGAGAAUGUGUCGGAGACAUGUGCUUUCUGGGGUGCGAAAGGGGAGGCAGGGUGGGCCAGGGUGUGCUUUUUUUUUUGGAGGGGGGGGGGGGAAUGAGGGGCUACUGUAAGUAUUGUAAGGAGGGAGGGAGAGAAGGAGAAGGAGUCGGGGAGGGGGUUGACACAGGUGCAGAGAUGAUGGAGGGGUGGGGGGUGGGGGAGCAGAGCAAUCACACAGCGGGAGUGUCUGAGUGGCCCCACUCCAUCAUAGACUGUUGAUUAAAAUUUCAUUGGAGGAGGCCAGUGGGGUAGGGGGAUUGGGGAUAGUGGAGGGUUGUGGACUGGGCAGACAGGGGGGCCGUUUCAGGGACAUAUCCCAGGCAAUAAAAUCUAGCUGUGCCUCAGGACAUUCCGAAGGCUUGGGUUUUGUCUUCUAAAUGUAAUAUUUUCUGUAUUAACCGCUUUAUAUGAAGAAUGUUCCUCAACCAUCCGAGGGCUGUUUCAGUUGAACAGUAGCUGCGUAGAGAAAGGGCUCUAAAACCUCUGUGUAUAAAAUGAGAAAGGUAACAGACAUUGACAAGGUCUGGGGAGUAGUGUACGUCCUGUUCAGAUGCUUAUCUCUUGUUUUGUCUACUCUCUCGACCCUCCUGAACACAGAACCAAAUCUUUGUUGAAAUUGAUGUUCUGACAGAACAAGCUGUUCCAUUGCCAGGCCUUGAACUCCUCUGAAAUAAGUUUGUCAUCCCAAAUAGCACCCUAUUCCCUUCAUAGUGCACUACUUUUGACCCUAUGGGCUGUGGAAAAAGUAGUGUACUAUAGGGAAUAGGGUGCCAUUCGGGACGCAGUCAGGGAGUCUUGUUUCAGAUCAAAGGGAAUCUAUUUUGCCACUCAGCAUUGUACAGAGCUGAUGUGUGUUGACUUUUCACACACAUAUCUUUCCAUUUGCCAUUCACCUCUUUAUUGAGCUCCUUCUUCUCUUUUGUUGUCUUGUGUAAGAAAUCAGCCUCCAAGAGCCUCCAGUUCACUGGUUUUACGACCAGCUUUUCAAUUAAAGCAGCAAAAGUACACACACUCAAACACACACACACACACACAACACACACUAAAGCACUGUAUCUACUGCCUCGCUCUGUAACUGUAUCUUCUAAAUGUCAGGAACCCUGGGGCUUUGAUAAGGGGGAUGGGGAGACCGUGUGUGUGUAUGUGUGUUUCAGCUGUCGUCUCCCCUUUGGUCUCCUUGACUGACAUAGCAUCCCAGCUUCACCACAACCUCGAUGGCCCCUCCACUGUCACUCUCUCCAUCAUCACAGACACGCACACAUCACAUCUCACACACACACACACACACUCACACACACACACACAGCUACAUCACAGCCCUCUGUUGGCCCCUGCCCUGUCACUCUUCCCACCAUCAAACAGCAGGCAAGAGCCACACCGCUGGUCGGCAGCCAGGGCCAUGACAAGCUACUCACACACACAGGUGCUCCAUAGUAAACCGAUCCCCUGUUAGAGAAGGAGAGGGGAGGGAGGGUAACAAAUCCGUGAAAUCCUUUCAGAGACAGUGUGGGCUCCAGACCAGAUGACUGUGAUGUUAGUCUGCUGCGAUGAUGCUCUAAAUGUCAUUGGGACAGAUAGCAUCUACCUCUUACUGGGAGAGUGAAGCGCUUUCCCUCCCUCUACCCUUACUCUGUAUCUCUCUCUAUCCUUCCACCCUCUAUUCUCACUCUCUUCAUCUCUCUCUAUCCACCCUUUCUCUGUCCCAUUUCUCUCCCUCCCUCUUUCUAUAUCUCCCUCUCUCUCAAUAAAGAUGGACAGAAGUCUGUGAUGAGGUUAGGUUAUGUGGGGAAUAGAGGAUGGGAGAAGGUGAAGUGAUAGAGAUUUGAAACGUCUCCCAUUGUUGAUGGCAAGCGUCUCUCACUCCUCCCAUCCUCCCGUCCUGAUAGCGCUCCUCUCCUCUGACAGGCAGGGCUGCCUCAGCCUCAGUAAUUGUGGUGUCGUUACAGAGCUAAUGGUGCAGCAGGUACCGCAGGCUCCUCAGCGCUUCCACAGAAACACUCAAACCUCUCCUAACGCUUUUCCUAACGCUCCCGACAAAAUAAACAGCAAUGAAUCAAGGGUGCAGUCCCAAUUUUACAGAGGAAUGGUUAUGAUGUUCAGAGUGUGUGUGUGUGGGGGGGGGGGGGGGUAAUAGCCAAGGCGGAGUUACAGCACCCUGGGUUAUUGUUAUGAACACCAGAGGGGAGGGGAGGGGAGAUGGCCCGUUACGGACAGACUCCAUUCCGGCUCAUUGAGAACGGCCAGUUGCACUGAAGGCUGUAUGAUACAGUACAGGCUAAAUAGAAGAAGGGGGUUGAGGGGGGAAACUGUAUUCUCUGAAAUGGCACCUCUCUAAGAUAUACAACAGAGCCCCUCAAGGCACAAUGAGGAGGUUUUCUGCAGUGAAAUCAAAAUUCUUGGCACGUAGGCGACCAGUCUCUGCACACACUCUCUCGCUUAUACAUACACAGAUGAAAAUACACACACAGGCUUCCCAUCAGCAAAUUAGCUGAAUAAAGAGUAUCUCUUCGCUGGGUCGUUUGAGUGGCUAAUUACGAGAGAGAGAGAGAGAGAGAGAGAGAGGAGAGCGAGAGAGAGAGAGAGAUAUGAUGGAGAGAGAGAGAGAAGAGAGAGAGUAAUAGAGAGAUGAUGAGAGACUACCCUCUCCUCGACUCUCGAAGACCUCUCUCUCCUCUCUCGACGACGCUGCACGCAUCUCAUCUCCGCAUCUCUCUCUCUCUCUCGAGAUCUACUCGCGCUCUCUCUCUCGCGCUCUCUCUCUCAUCCCUCUCUCGCUUGCUCACCCUCCCUCUCUCCCUCUUACUCUUCUCUCGAACUCUUCUCUCUUCUUCUCUCUGCUGACUAGGCUCUCCUCUUCUCUAGCUUCAAACAGCAUCUGAUGAAAGCAAAAGAGCUUUAAUUAAAACCUAUUUGUAUGAGAUUGAUUUGAACCCCAAAAUGGAGGGGAGAGAGAACAUAAAUACACACUUUCCUAGAUGCAGGAAUGAGAUCAUAUGAAGCCAUUAGUUUAGAUAAUGUGCUGACUUUAUAAUGCCAGAGCAGGGUGCCAAGCACUGGCAUAGCGCACCCGCAAGGCAGGGGGGCCCACAAGCUACGCCACUGGUGCCAAGACAUUGAGAGUAACCAAGUCAGAUAUUGCUGGGAUGUGUCCCAAAUGGCACCCUAUUCCCUACAUACUGCACUACUUUUGACCAGAGCCCUAUGGAUAGCCUUCAGAGUAAUGCACUAUAAAGGGAAUAGGGUGCCAUUUGGAACAGACUGGUGAUAAUUUCCCCUUUGUGUCUAGUUGGAGUCCAGCUGGAUGGUGUAAUAACAGUUAGCUGUAGAUGUAGCGAUGGCUGUGGUCCUCUCUGGUCUCUUUGUCUGACAGACAGAGGCUGUUAGCUGGGUAUGAACCCCUUCGGCUCAACAUCUAUUAUUGAUAGACACACUCACUCACACACACACAGUGACACACAUACAUUGUGGCACACACACACACACAAUAAUAUAUGCCAUUUAGCAGACGCUUUUAUCCAAAGCGGCUUACAAAUCUAAGCCUAGCAUCAAGGCUCUCUCUCUGGUGGAGUCCAGGCCAGAGAGGCUCACAUAGGGAGAAUGGAGAAUAUGGAGCAGUUUGUUUUCUUCUUUAUUGUAGCUGUGGGAGCUAUGGCCCAGUCACAGUGUGAGAGGGGAGAAAACAUAGACCUACUUACACAUUCAAUAGACUUUUAACAGGUGCUUGAUAUCAAAGUAAUGUUUAUCAGUAGAAUUGUAGUCCCCGCACUGCUAUGCUCCUGUAGUGUAUUUAACUGUUAACAUUUCAACCCCCAUAUCAGUGAAACCAGAUAAAACCUCCAACUAUAUUGUUGGGUCAAUGUGUAUUGUAUUGUAGUGUAUUGUAUGUGCUUAAGGUGGUAGCUUCAUCUUUUAUGGGGUGGUUACUCACACACACAACCUCUGGUCAUUGUAUUUCCUCUGACUGGUGUUUUAUGUUAAUACUGUAUGUGACUAAUGGAGCCUUGUAAAACAUGGCACACCUAUUUAACAUGACCUUGUUCACUGUUAAAGGGAGAGUGUGACAUUUUGGCAAUUAAGCCUCUGCGUGCAGGUUGUCUGAAGUUGAAGGUAGUUUCUGGAGCCAUUGCUAACUAGCAUUAGAGCAAUGACUGGAAGUCUAUAGGAACAGUUAGCGUACUUCUCAGCAAUUUCUAUAACAAUGUAGCCUAUACCUAACCACCCAUGUUUGUGGCUUUAUUCUCCCAAUAAAUAGUCUUAUAAUGAUUGAUCCAGUUCCAUAUAGAUCCUAUAAUAUUACAUCCAUACAUUGUAACACUCUGUGAAAAAAAAGGUGCUAUCUAGAACCUAAAAGGGUUCUUCAACUGUUCCCAUAGGAGAACCCUUUGAAGAACCCUUUUUGGUUCCAGGUAGAACCCUUUUGGUUCCAAGUAGAACCAUUUUGGUUCCAAGUAGAACCAUUUUGGGUUCCAUGUAGAAGCCUUUCCACUUAGGGUUCUACAUGGAACCCAAAAUGGUUCUACCUGGAACCAAAAAAGGUUACACCAGGGACAGCUGAAGAACCUUUUUGGUACCCUAUUUUUUAAGAGUGUGUAGUCCUAUGAAUGCUCAGCCUGGUUUAAUGCAUGGCCAUGCAGGCUUUAAUGUCCGUUGAGCAGCAGCACAGUGAGAGCAGUACAGUAUGAUAUGACCUUUAUCCGUAUGUUGUGGGACGGAGCGGGGGAAUGGAGGUGACUGAGCCCCCUCUACUCACACUAGCUGCCAAAGCCAUGAGCCAGCAGGCUCCCACACUGCUCUGAUCUAUCCCCCUGCAGAGGGGGGGGGGGGGGGGGGGGGGGGGGGGUGUAUUCUCCUACUGGACAUGCGUGUGAUAUCUCCAGCCCCUGAGGUGUGUGUCGCUGACCAUACUGUGGGCCUAGUCACAGUUGAGUAUAAUAUGUACUCAGAAGGUAGCACAAUGUUUAAAGAGCUAUUCCAACUAGCUCAAUGGUCAUUUGGCAAGCAGGGACAUGGCUAGGCCUACCCCCAGUGUUGCUUUUACCAUGCAUUAGUGGUGAUUGAUCCAAUUUAAAGGGGAAUAAAUACAAUGUCCCUCCUUGGCCAUGCUUGACUGCAGAUUGUAUUACACUAGAAUUACUAAGAAAGGAUAGAAGUGUUCACAAAUCAUAGCAAGGAGCUGGACAAAGGAAUCACCCAAAGCCUUGUCAGGCAGCGUUUACAAAGGACUUUUUUUGUACGUCGUCGCACUAUAUCUACACAAUGCUUAUCAGCCAAAAUUAGUUUGAAACACUCACACCCCCAAAGAAAUCUCUUUGAUAUAUGCUCAUAUGCAAAUGUAGCUCCGUAGGAAAAAAGAAGACCUUUUAAAACAGAAGUAAAACUAGCAUAGCAAAGCUUAUCAGCCUGCAACAGACGCCCAACAAAAAUGUGUGGUGCUGGUUUUGUCACAGGGGGGGCAGCCUGACUAUAAGCACAUGGGAACAGGGCAGCCUACAAGUGCUGCAUGCCUUUAGAUACAUUGUGUCACAGUGUUUCUGAAGUUAAGAUAAUAGAGGUAAGGCAGCUAUAAUUUGCACUGAUAACAUAGAUUAAAGUGCUGGAAUGUUUGACUCCAUUCCGCUGCUCCCCCCUCCCUCUGCCAAAGUGUUUUAGCUGUGACAUGCCAAACAGAACAUGCUAAUAUCUAAACUGGUCACUGUGAUUGCACAACAAUAUUGUAGAACCAUUAUGAAGAAUGUGCUGAGUGGACAGUUAGUGAGCCGUGCUCUACUCUACUCUCUCUCUCUCUCUUCCCCUCAUGGCAAGGCAUUGCUCAUUCUAAUGAAGCCCUAGCAGAAAAUAAACACGAGAGAGAGUGUGUGUGUGUGUGUUUAUUUGUAUGUGUGUGAAUUUUAAAGAUUAGAUUUUCUGGGUUUCUUUUCUGGUAGGGUAUGGUUUAAGCGAGAGGUGAGGGAACAGCCUAAAUAUAAUAACCUUUCUGCUGAUUGUUUGGUAAACACUGUGCCAUCUCUGCACGUAUCCCUCUCUCUCUCUCUCUCUCUCUCUCUACCCCUCUCUCUGCAUGUAUCCCCCUCCCUCCUUUCCCUCACUCCCUUCCCUCCCUCUCUCUUUCACAUAAUAAAAAGUCCAUGGCUGGUUUAUUUCUCUCCCCUGUAAAGCGGAGCGGAGGGAAACAGUGAGGCCAGCACAGUUCACAGCUCAAUCACAGAAUAUCCCCCCUUCUCUGGGCCCAGCUAGGGGCAGGUGACGUGGUCAACAUGGCCUCUCUCUGGAGAGGCUGGACCACUGGACCAUACUGGGUGGAGGGGAUGAUAGGAUGCUCAGAUUAUGAUGAUGUGUGAUGGUGGUUAGAUUAGCAGAGCUGGAUGUGUAUCUAGUCAGUAGUCAUAUGAUAUAGAGUGUGGCUGUGUCAGAUUGUUUGAGUUCUGCUGAAUCACUGACAGGUUAUCAUACACUCUUAGAAAAAGUGGUGCUAUCUAGAACCAAAAAGGGUGUUCGGCUGUUCCCAUAGGAGAACCCUUUGAAGAACCCCUUUUGGUUCCAGGUACAACCCUUUUUGGUUCCAUGUAGAACCCUUUCCACAGAGGGUUCUACAUGGAACCUAAAAUAGUUCUACCUGGAACCAAAAAGGGUUUCUCCUAUGGGGAAAGCCACAGAACCCUUUUGGAACCCUUUUAUCUAAGAGUGUAUAUGGUUGAUAUGAUCAGUUGUUUCAUACGAGGCUAAUCUAAUUGGUAGUUUGGUAUGGGGUCUGAUACAGUAUGUGUUGAUUAGGGAUGAGUGUGGUGGGGCUGGUGUGCCCGUGCUGACCGUGUGUCCCUGUCUCUGACCGAGUGUCUGGAGUUGGAGCGGUACCAGCAGAAAGAGCCCAAGCGUCUCUGAAUAAUAUGUGUAGAUUAGGGAUGAGUGUUUUCUCCUGUACUGUUCCUGUUUCUGACCGUGUCUCUCUCACCCUUACAGACUUGUCUGGAGUUGGAGCGGUACCUGCAGACAGAGCCCAAGCGUCUAUCAGAGCUGUUUGACGAGGAGCUUGACUGUCUCCUGACGCCCACCUUCAUGCAGGGUACUGACAGUGACGAGGACCUGAUGGACCCACUGGACCCCCUCCUCCCCAACCUCCCCGACCAGCCCAGCCCCCCUCCCCUCCUUGUCUCCCUCCCCAAGGUCCUACAGGCCCCACAGCCCCACAACACCAAGGCCUCCGGAAAAGAGUCUGGAGCAAAGACCACCAAGGAGGGGGUCAACGCUGCCCAGCUGAGUGCCGUCACCUCUCUCACACCGCCCUCCUCGCCGGAGCUGGGCCGCCACCUGGUCAAGCCCAUGCAGACGCUCACUGCCACGGCCGACGGCACGCUCACGCUCAAAUUGGUGGCCAAGAAGGUUGGUCUGAACGCAGCCAAGCUGGUGGCCACACAUGCCACUCUACCCUCGCCGCCCAGCAGGGGGGGGCACAGCGACAGCGAGCAGGGGGCUGGGUCGCUGGGGGGAGAUAUCCCAGAGAACAAGAAGAGGGUCCAUCGCUGUCAGUUCAACGGCUGCAGGAAGGUUUACACCAAGAGUUCCCAUCUGAAGGCACACCAGAGGACACACACAGGUGAGACAGAACCUAGGCCUGACCCAUGGGAAUGGGCCUAAAAAGGCAGGAACCUAGGAAGAAACCUAGAGAGGAACCAGGCUCUGAGAGGUGGCCAGUCCUCUUCUGGCUGAGAUUAUAAGGGUACAUAGCCAUUAAGGCCAGGCCAUGCACCAAACACACUGCCUGAAAACACACUGUCUAGCCUGACCAAGGACCAUGCACCUAACACAAGACCCUGGGAGAAUAUAGGUUUAGGUUUCAACUCUCUGCCUGAAAACAUAUUCUGUUUCAGUAUCAGUGCUCAGCUUGAUAUGUGUAAGUGCAAGGAUUGCAAUCCAAUGUUAUGAAGUAGAAACACAGAGGCAGUCUUGAUAUAUCCCUCUAUCUCCCAGUUUGAGGUCCUUCAUAUGGGCUAAAAAUACAUUGGUCUUAGCUCUGCAGUGCAGCCUCUCUCUCUUUCUCUCAUUCACCUCAGUGACUCUGAGUCUCUUACUGAAACCAUUCCAAUCUCUCCAUUCACAAGCUGCUAGCGGAGGGAGUGGUACGGUAAUUGCCAGUGGAUUGAUAGACUGACAGGUCUAAAUGGCUAAUUCAGCCAUGUCUACUGCAGCCUGGAGUAUCUAACCACCGCUGCCCUCCCAGUGAACCUCAGAGAGAGAGAGAGAGAGAGAGAGAGAGAGAGGGAGAGAAGUCUUGGCAUCAGGUUAGCGUUAGCGCUAGCCGUAGCGUUAGCAUCAGUGUUAGCGACGCUAAUCCUUUCCUGAGGCCUGCUGUUGACUCGGCAGGUUUCACCGCUGCCACUUGAGCGCUAGCGAUGCUAAUCACCAGCGAGCUGAUGCAAGCCAUUCGUUCGCCCCCUCCUCUUCCAUCACCCAAAAAAUAAGAGGAGGGAAAGGGGAAAAAAAGAGAAGGAUCGAAGAGAAAACAACACCCUUAAGACAUGCUGCAGCAUGCUGCUCUGUAGCUGUGCAGCCCCAGCCCCGAUAUGUUCAUUACAAGACAAGAGCAGCACAGUACAGUAAUUAGCCUAAUCCUCCUUUUUGGUUAUUAUGUCCAUACAUCAGUGACACACAGGGAGGGAGAUUAAGAUUAGUGCAGGAUUUAAGGGGGGCUUUUCUUCAUGAGGAUGACAUGCUCCUGGAGGGCCCCAUCAAUAACAGUCGGUAAGGAAACACACAGCCUUUCACUGAGGUUUAAUAACCAUAGAAUUAGAAUGACUAGAAUAACUAUAGAAUUAGAAUGACUAAAACGAAUGUCCAUUCUAGUGAUUCUAAUUCUAUAGGUUGAACAUUGUUCUAGAAUGUGGGCAGUCAGAACAGAAACCCACCCACCAUUUUCCUAUCUUCACUCCUCUGGUGUUGGGAUGGGAUUCUUGGUUUUAGUUAGACGGGAGCUGCUGCAUGGAUGAAACUCUAGCAAAUGUGAAAUGGGCCAUAAUUGUCUCAGUCAGUUUGUGUGUCUGUCUGCUGUAACUUAAUCUGAGAGCUGAGAGAUCAUAAUAGGCUCUACGCUCUAUCUCCAGUUGACUAAGGAAAUGUAAUUAACUGGAGCACACAGGCACCUGUGAUGCUGGUGGGAGGGAGAGGGGGGUGAUGAGGCGGGGGGUGCGUUGCUAGGAGACCAUAUCAGAACUGGCGAGAGGAGAGUUCGUAAAUGGCUGAUUAUUUGUGGCUCCUGGUAUCAGUCUCAGCCUGUUUUAACACAGUGCUGCCCAUUCCAACUACCCAAGCCCCUAACACCACCCAACCCCCAAAUCCACUCUCCCUCCACCCCCAAAAAAAGCACCCACCCACCCCAAACUGCUCCCUUUUUUGGGGUUUUGGUUGCCAGGCAACUGUAUUACACUGAUCCAGAGCAGAGCCAUAAUUGGCUGGUGGCGCUGAGUGUCCAUGACUGGCGGAUUCAGGCGGCUGCACGCCUCUCUCUCUCGCUCUCUGUCUUUCUCUCUCUCUUUCUGUCUCUCUCUCACACAAACUCUCUCGCUCUCGGCCGGUUGCUAGGCGACUCCAUCAUGCAUCCUCGCCUCGGCGAGUUAUAAUUGGCUGGCGUAGCGGUUGCCGUGGUGGUGGGUCCAAGCCGGCCCUGCUUCAUUCUGUCAAGUCUGGAGAGGUGGAGGGAGGUAUAGUGAGGAGGGGGGUUAAUGCAAAGAGGAGGAGCUGAUGGUAGUGGAGAGGAGGAGAGGAGGGGGACCUUUAGCCAAUUACUGGGGAAGGGGUGUGAAAUGUUUGCUGUCUUGCACCUGUGGCCCCAAGACUCCAAAAUGACAGAGAGUGGUCCUUGAAGCCAGCCUGCCUGCCUCCAUCCCUGCCAGCCUGCCUGUCUUCCUGCCUGUCUGCCUCCCUGUCUGCCUGCCUUCAUCCCUGCCUGCCUGCCUAACAGGCUCUUAUGACAAGGCAACACUGUCUGGGGAUAUCAUCUGCUACAGGUUUUACACAGUGGGGGAGAAUGAGCAGAUAAAAAAGCCUCAGGUCUUUUGGCAAAAUGUUUAUGAGUGUAUCAAGGGGCAGAGGCAGGCAGAUGUUCAGAAUGUGUUGCAUUCAUGUGUUCACCCCAGAGGUAGAGGAGUGUUAUAUGGAGUGUGUGGAAUGGAAUCUGUCUGUAAAGUGGUGUGUUGCCGAUACAUUGCUGAGGUGUUGCCGUCUCCCUGGCUAUGUCCGAAAUGGCACCCUUUCCCCUAUAUAGUGCACUAUGCAUAGGGCUCUGAUCAAAAGUAAUGCACUAUAUAGGGAAUAGGGUGCCAUUCCGGAUGCACCCUCUCUCUCUAACAGCAGCCAUUACCGGGUCAUUGCCCAGUACCCAGAAUGCCCUCUGCUGAUUUGAAUCAUAUUCAAAACACGGAAAGAAAUGCACAGCAAGUGAUCCUGAGGUGUUUCUGCCCUGCAAUCUGUCACAUUACCACAAUCUCACCACAGACAAUGGAUCAAACAAUGGAGAAAAGAAUAAAAAGGAAACGUAAUAAGAAAAGGUAAUGUGAAAUAAAACGGGAUUGGAGGUAUCAUUUACAGACCACUUGCCUUUUCUCUUCCCUCUCAUCUUACGACAUGGCGGAUGGGGGGAGUGGGGAGUGGGGGGUGAAGGGGAAAUGAGGGGAGAUGAGGGAGGUGCGUUGCAUCAUCUCACAUCACUCAGUCCUCUCCUCUCGUCCUCCGCCACGUCAUCCUUUACUUUCUGUUGCAUCAUCGUGCUCUCAGCAGAUUCCACAGCGCUCUUAGAUUAUGUAAAACAAAACCGCAUCAUCCUUUACCGUCUACUGCUGGGGUUGCCUCCAAUUUACUUUCGGCAAUGAAAUCACUGACAUUCUUCUGCUAAUCAACACUUUUUGUAGCAGGUGUUUUGUAGCAGAAUGAAUUACUUUAAUCAACAUAUGCAGUACUCUACACAGUACAUUGCUGCAAAACAGCAUAAUGUGUUUUACCAUGCACAUUUUCAAGCAUAAGGACAUGUUCCCUAAGUUUAUUAUUUAUAGUAGAGGAUAUAAGAAAACAUGCUUCUCCAUUCACAUUCGGGAUUAAAAAGAAAAGCUUGUCAGUGUGAUUCUGAGCAUCACCAGAGCUGUGUCCUGUAUAGUACCAUCCCCACCUCCAUUCACCCCUCCACACACAGCCUCCCUGACACUAUGGGUACCCUCCGCUAUCCUCACCCUCUGUCUCCCACUGUCUGUGAUUUGGACGUACCGCUGCUCUCCCGUUUGAGCCGCUUAGAUUUCACUCUAAUGGCACUUUAGUCUAGUUAGGAAGAUUGGUGGACACGGUGAUCUGGGAAGACGGUCGCAGCUGGCUGACUGGAAGUACGGUAUUACUUCCCAUUAAGCGUCAUUAAGACUCCAAUUAUCAUUACCACUCCCAGAUCUGAAUCAACCACGGCAGCAGCGCUCAGCAGCACCGGGGCGGGUGGCACCCCCUCUACCCACCCCAAAACCCUUCCCGGAUUCAGCCCCCUCUACCCCCCACCAGCCAGGUCCAGGCCCAUCCGAACACAGCCUGGUCCUCAGGGUCCGGACACCCCCUCCGCAACCCGCUACACCCCCCUUUCCCAUCCCAAAAAGUAAAAGAACCUCCUGCCGGAGGGCCUUUCUAUCAGGGAGAUAAAACUACAGCUUGUGAACAAUAGAUAUCUCCCUCUCCCAUCUGUUCAACUGGAGAGAAACUUCAUUUGAAUUUCAGAUCUCUCCGCAGGGGGUCCAAGGGGGAAGAGGAGAGGCGAGGGCGGGGGGGUGGGGGGGUGGGGGGGGGGGGGGGGGGGGGGGGGUGUAAAAGGAAAAAACAGUUUCAUUUUUCAGGGUGAUUUUAGUUUUAGGAUUAUGAAUUAACACGGCUUCGCUGAAAGACUUCGUUUAGCGAUCUCUGGGAGUCCUAUGAUUGGUUGAUAUAAAACCCUUUGUGUGUAAUCCUGGGUUGGGUUACAUAGGUACAUUAACUAGUUAGUUGGAUCUCACACUGGGUAACACCAGCAAAUGAAAUGGGAGGAUCUCAUCUCACACUGGUGAUGAUGUAAUACACUCAGGUGUGUCAAUCAUACACCGCUUUACUUAUCAGUAGCCUACAUGUAAUUGAGAAAACUACAAAAUUAUGUUCCAUUAUAGUGUAACUACACAGGUAUUGUAUAAGACCAACUUAAUGGUAUCCACUAUUGCUACCACAAAAACAGGGUCAAUAAUAUUUUCUUUCCUCUCUGUCUGUCUGUCUUGUCAGGUGAGAAACCGUACAAGUGCUCCUGGGAGGGCUGUGAGUGGCGUUUUGCCCGGAGCGAUGAGCUGACGAGGCACUACCGCAAACACACCGGGGCCAAGCCUUUCAAGUGUAACCACUGCGACAGGUAAAUACCACAUCCAUUACAUACACACACAAGCACACACAUGUCACUGACCCAGUAGAGAAGAUAUGACAGCGUGGCUCUCACAUGAUCCAUCACAUGCACACGUGUAUGUUCAAACAAAUUAUCUCUCAAGUUGUGAGUUGUGCACAUUGAACAGUAUUGAUGGUGGAAGGAAAGACGAGGUGAAUUACUCCCAUAGAAUGUAAAGUACUUUGAGUUGAAGAAAAAUAACUAGCUACAUAAAUGAAAGUCAUUACUGUAAUGUCGCCUUGGACAGCCCCAGUCCCAGUAGCAGCGCUCCCUCUCUCUCUGUCUUCAUCAUGUGUAUAGCAGCACUCUAGUCUACAGACUGGCUCUCCUUUCCUCCCUGGCAGCUAGCAAUUAGCACAGGCUCUACUCCAGUCUCUGCUGAAUAACUCAGUCACAGGCCAGUCCUGUGAUGCCCAUUACCAAAUGACUACUGUGAAUAGGCCAUUCUCACACGCUGCUCUCUCCUGCUCCCCCCAGCCAGGCUACUGAUGGCACUCACAUUCAAAUCAUAAAUAAAACAUAGUGGGUGUCUGAAAGUGAGAUGGUUAUGUAAUAGAAGAAAAAAGUAACUUAGGAGAGAGCGAGAAAGAGAGAGAGAGAGCAACAGCGACCAAACAUGAACCAGCUUGGGCAUACAGAGGCAGUCUUUCAUUUUCAAACAGCAGCCACAGUGUGACACUCAUCAGACCUCUCUGUCCUGCUGGAGACACAAAGGCAGCCCUUUGUCUGAAGACAGCAGUCUGUGUGUGUGUGUGUGUGUGUGUGUGUGUGUGUGUGUGUGUGUGUGUGUGUGUGUGUGUGUGUGUGUGAGACAGAGAGGACACAUUUACAUUAGCUUGGAGCUCUGAGUGAUAAGCUGUCAGGUGACAAUAGCAGGAAGCCGUCACCCUGGUUGAAUCCCAAAUGGCACCCUAUUCCUUUAUAGUGCACUACUUUUGAACAGAGUCCUAGUCAAAAGUAGUGCACUAUAUAGGGAACAGGGUGCUAUUUGGGACGUGUCCCCUGUUUUUCACACACAGGCUGCAAUUACACACUGGGACCAAAGCACCCACAAUUACCCAGCUCCCCCUCCAUCCCCCUACAGAAGGGGACUGCUUUACAAAACCCACCACCUCCAUCCCUCCUCCACACAAACACAUACACACACACACACACUCCACACAUCCACACCACUAUGAGCCUAAACACUGAUCCCAGACCAGCCAUAGCCACUGUGCAUAAUGCACCAUAGCCCCAAUCAAGCUCACAACACUGACUAACCAGGGGGAGUGCAUCAUCAAAUCUGUGUUCCAACACUCAUUACCAGAAUGUAUCCUGGCUAUUGGCUAACAAUGGGGCUAUUUGGAGCAGGCCUGCUAUUGUUACGAUAAUAGACAAGUCCAGAUGCCAGGCCUACUUUAGACACACACAGCCUCCAGGACUUGGAUGUGAGCUAAGCCAGCCAUUCAGGCAGGCAACCAGUUCACACACACACACUGCAAACACACACACACACUCAAUCGUGCCUCCUCAGGUCCUAGGGGACUCUAAUUGGACCCUCCUGGUUCCUCUAGUUUGGGUUUUAAACCUAAGUCUACUAAUCCUACUGGAGUGUAUUAUGCAUGUUCUGCUGGCACACACACAUACUGUAUACACACACACACUCACAAAUACUCCCAUACACACGGCUCUGCCACAGAGAUGAAAAUACAUAAAUUAAAGCAGGGAAGGAAAGAAAUGCAAGGAGCAGCACUGCAGUGUGUAUGUGUGUGUGUGUGUGUGUGUGUGUGUGUGUGUGUGUGUGUGUGUGUGUGUGUGUGUGUGUGUGUGUGUGUGUGUGUGUGUGUGUGUGUGUGUGUGUGUGUGUGUGUGUGUGUGUGUGUGUGUGUGUGUGUGUGUGUGUGUGUGUGUGUGUGAGUGAGUGAGUGAUCAAUACCUAUAACUCAUCUGCUGAUUAUGUCUUAGUAGUAUUUCACACACUGGGACACUCCUGUAAAAUGGCUGCCAAAACAUUGAGAGUGAAUGAGAUGACAGUGGCUGCAUCCCAAAUGGCACCCUAUUCCCAAUAUAGUGCAUUACUUUUGAUCAGGGCCUAUAACGAUAUAGGAAAUAUGGUGUCAUUUUGGACACAUCCAGUGUUUGAGACUGACCCAUCAAGGGAAACAUUCAUUGGAUUUGGAACACUAACUGUGAAGUCUUUAUGAUUGAUAAAGCCCUGAUCUUAAAAGCCCAUCCAAAGGAUUUCCUUGUUUACAUUGUACUCUGAAACAGAAUAGAUAAAUAUGGAUGAUAAUGCAUUAAGCAUCUCUCCCUCUCUUCUGUCUGUCAACAGUCAAAUUCAAACUGUAGACUGGGGCUACAUCGCAAAUGGCACCCUAUCCCCUACAUAGUGCACUAUAAAGGCAAUAGGGUGCCAUUUGGGAUGCAGCCUGGCACAGAGGUUAACUCAACCCAGUCUUCUGCUAGGCCUUUGAAGCGUUUUGUGAGUGACGCGACCAUCAAACAGGCGUGCUGAUCUCCCCUCUGUGAGGCAGCCUGUUCAGGCACCUUAGGGAACGCCUGGCUAGAUGGGCCAGGAGGAACUCACUGCUGUGUUACCACAUUACCAUCAGAAUGGGAGGAAGUUUAACAGUAAAUACAGUCAGUGUGUUGAGCUCUCAGCCUCUCAGCCUUUCUGAUACACACACACGCGCAUACACACACAUGAUCGUGUGCGCACACAUACACGCACACACACUCAGACAGGCACGUCAUUAAUCCUGCCUAAUCAAGCUGGGACUCCCUGCAGGGCGAGGCAGAGGGGUAGAGGGGCGGAGGGGUACGGCAGGGGGGGGGACAGGGGCGUACCAGCUGGUGUGGCGGCCUCUGACAGUGACUCGGAGGGCCAUCUGUCCUGCGGACCCUACUCAGCCCCCACUGGCCCUCUCUAGCAGACACACACCAGACAGGUACAACAUGGACGGUUCAAAGGGAAGAGGGGAGCGCUAAUACAGGGAGGUGUGAGGGAAGGAGAGAGAGAGGGAGAGUAAGAAAAGACAGUAAAUGAAAGAGAUUUUGUCAAAAGUCUUGAAAAUGAAACCUGCAUCUGGUCUGCCCUAUGAUUCAAAAGUGUCAGUUAUAAUGGUUGAUGGAAAGGUAUAGACGAGGUGGACAGAUAAGAGAGAGAGAGCGAGGAGGACUAAAGUGCAGCUUUCUCUUUCAUAACUGAGUCCUGUUUUGUGUUCUCCCACCACCUGUAUACACCAUGUCUAGCUGGAGAAAUAGCCUGUCUUAGUUAUGGCGGUCUGGAGAGAGAGAAACCUCCUCUGGAUUUACAUUGUAGAGCUGUCUGUGGACAAAUUAAUAAUGGAUACAGCCCUCGGCAAAUUGAAUUUUUCAUUCCUCAUUUCACUCUCCCACAUUUUGUUUUCCAGCUUGCUUUAUUCACAUCUGAUGUGAUUCAUUUUAUUGCUUUGCAUGAGUGUAAUAGGAUAAUCCACCCUUACAGCCCCGUAAAAGUCAAGUACAUGUGGCAUAUAUUCUCCCUGUCUGCUGUUAUGUAUUACCCUCAACAGUAUCAGUAACAAGUGAGCUUAAUCGAUUAGUAGCGAAACAGGCCUACGGGACGUUGCUCCCCUCCGCCCUACCCUGACUCAAACGCUGAAUAACUAAGAAGGGCUUGGGUUUCUGCGAUAGUAUUUCACCUCUAGCUGUGGUACAAGUCGCAGAACCGCAGAAGUCAGGGAUCUUGAUUUGUGGCUGCGUUUCUGAGAAUUAUCGCUCGUGCUCUUUAAUAAACGAAAGAGAAGGAACAAUCCUGUUGCUGAAUUGGCAUGUCCUCAUUUUUAUAGAGUUCAGUCGCUAAUGUGAGAAAAAUGAAGCGAGAUGUCAUGUAUUAUUUGUUUUUUUUAAGGGACGAAUGUAGUUUUUUGUCCUUGUGUGUCUGGUCUUCACUCCGUCUGUGUUCCACAGCGCCUUGUUUUCUCACACAUACACUAGCUGCUGAUCUAGACUCACUUAACACUGAUUAUUAAACACAUUUAUUUCGGUUUCAUAUACAUCUCUGCCAGUGUUUGUCAUUUUGGAUCAGUAGCAGGAGAGCACAGUCUGUUCUAGCAUGUAAUUUAUCACUGAUUUCUACCAAGAUUAUCUGAAUGUCCAUUCAAACCUCAACAGUUAUCCAACUUACAUCUGGAUGUCCUGUACUGUUUAGAAUAUGGGCAGCCAUCUUGCUAAAGGCACAGAUCAGUCAUGCAGAAAUGUAACUUUCAGCCUUGCGAUUACCUUUCUGAAUGCGUAACCAUUUGUACCUACGGUCUAUUGAUACCUACUGUUAUUGACUAGAGUAUUUUUUUCCUCUCCAGGUGUUUCUCCAGGUCAGACCACUUGGCCCUGCACAUGAAGAGGCACAUCUAAGGGAGGAGGAGAGCGAGGAAGAAGAGAGGGAGAAGGAGAGAUAGGAGAGAAUAAGUAGGCAGGAUGGAAGACGAACCACACAGCAGCUUCGGCUCUCACCAUCCAGAGGCUGCCCCUGCCCGCAGAGACCCACCUGAGACCUGACACCAGGAGCAAAGCACUAUGGGAGAUGACACGCUGGAUGGACGGACGCCACGACUCCAGACGGACGGAUGGUCGGCGAGUACGGAUGGAGUGAUGGAGUGAAAGAGUCGAGGAGGAGCUUGUUUUUAAUUCACACUUCCAUGAUUCACACUUCUACUCAACAGUCUACAACAAACUCUCUUUUAUUGCAUCAUCCGAUUAGCCAUGCCUUGGGAACUCACACACUGCCAAACCAAUACGCUGAUCGAGUUACGACCCAUUUACACUCCACUGUUUCUUUUCUGUACAUUUAAACUACGGAGCGACUUGGGAAAGGAGAAUUAUUAACUGCUAUACUUUGACACGCCAAACGUCAGUGACUUGCAGAAGUAACAAUUGGCAUUCCAAACCAACAACAACUAUUGGCCAUUUUAUUCAGGUGUGCUGUUUCCCAAUCCCAUCCCAAUUUGUGUCUCUUGUAUAAGAACCCACAAACUGCAGCUAUAUGUCAAGCCUCAGCAAGCUAUACCGUGUGAAAUAACAACAAUGCCAAAAUAGCGAGACGAGGGAGACCAAUGGAACUAAUGGCCAAUCCGCCAGUGGCUCCCGCUGUCUGUGGGAGUAGGGUCUGACACUUCCAGAGCGUGAGCUCUGUGCUGUGGACCUCUCAGGCUCUCCUGUAGGAGGCGCUCUGCUCUUCUCUCUCAGCUUCACGCCUGCCACCUCAGAGGCAACAACUAACAAAUGCGCAGCGACACUUUCUUGCCUUUGUUUUUUAAAGACAAUUAAUUAUUAUUAUUAUUAUUAU